AGGGAGCCGGCCGCGCCGGGCCUCCCCCUGCCGGGCGCCAUGAGCCAGGGCAGCGGGCCCCCCGGCGAGAGCGGCGAGCCCGAGGCCAAGGUGCUGCACACCAAGCGGCUGUACCGGUUGCAGAUACAAUGUUAGUUUGUCCAUAGAAACAUAGAAAACAACUGGAAGGACCAGUGUCCACUAGUGCCUGUCCACUGCAAUUUCAGGAAGUUGAUCAUGUGGGAUACACCCUAAUGGAUGAUUCCCAGCCCUAUGCUCUAGAGGAAGGCAAAAAUACCCAGAAGUUCCCAACUAAGUACUCUCUGGAGGAAAACCUUUCCUGACUUCAAAUUUGGCAAGUCGGUUCAACCCUGGUGCAUAGCGGUGGUGGAGGCAGUUCAUAGACUGGAUCUCAUUCUCGGCAACAAGGCAGCUUAUCAAGAAGUGUUCAAGCCAGAGAACAUCAGCUUGAGGAACAAGUUGCGAGAGUUGUGUGUGAAGCUGAUGUUCUUGCAUCCAGUGGAUUAUGGGAGAAAAGCAGAGGAACUGCUGUGGAGAAAGGUUUACUAUGAAGUUAUCCAGCUGAUUAAAACGAAUAAAAAGCACAUUCACAGCCGCAGCACCCUGGAGUGUGCGUACCGGACUCACCUAAUUGCCGGCAUCGGAUUUUACCAACACCUUCUUCUCUACAUUCAGUCUCACUAUCAACUGGAGCUGCAGUGCUGUAUUGACUGGACUCACGUAACGGACCCACUGAUAGGCUGCAAGAAACCUGUGUCUGCAUCGGGGAAAGAAAUGGAGUGGGCACAGAUGGCGUGUCACAGAUGUCUGGUUUAUCUGGGAGAUUUAGCUCGCUAUCAGAAUGAGUUGGCAGGUGUGGACACGGAACUGUUGGCUGAGAGGUUUUACUAUCAAGCCCUUUCUGUUGCACCACAAAUUGGGAUGCCCUUUAACCAGCUGGGGACACUGGCAGGGAGUAAAUAUUACAACGUGGAAGCUACCUACUGCUAUUUACGCUGUAUCCAGUCUGAAGUGUCCUUUGAAGGUGCCUAUGGUAACCUGAAGCGGCUGUAUGACAAGGCAGCCAAAAUGUAUCACCAGCUGAAGAAAUGUGAAACCAGGAAACUGUCUCCAAGCAAAAAACGAUGCAAAGACAUUAAAAGGUUGCUGGUGAGCUUUAUGUAUCUCCAGAGCCUUUUGCAGCCAAAAAGCAGCUCUGUGGACUCUGAGCUAACAUCUCUUUGCCAGUCGGUGCUGGAGGAUUUCAACCUUUGCUUGUUCUACCUGCCUUCUCCUCCUAAUCUGAGCUCAGCGAGCGAAGACGAAGAGGAAUAUGAGAGUGGAUAUUCCUUCCUUCCCGACCUCCUCAUCUUCCGCAUGGUGAUCAUCUGCCUAAUGAGCGUCCACAGCCUCAAAAGGGCAGGUUCAAAGCAGUACAGUGCAGCCAUUGCUUUCACUCUGGCCCUCUUUUCUCAUCUGAUAAACCACGUCAAUAUUCGCCUGCAGGCAGAACUGGAAGAAGGGGAGAAUCCAGUUCCAGCCUUCCAGAGCGAUGGCACAGAUGACCAAGAGACCCGGGAGCCCUUGAACUCCGUUGAGAAGGAAGCAGAUGCUGACUUAGCCAACCACCGGCCCAGCGAUGAGCAGAGGAAGAAGGACAGCAAGAAGAGCAAGAAAUACUCUCGCCUCUCCUGCUUGCGCCGCCGGCGCCAUCCCCAGAAGGUCGAUGAGAGUGACCUGAGCGAGGGCUUCGACUCUGACUCCAGCCAGGAUUUCACUAAGGGCAGCGAUGGCUCGGAGAGCGGCUCAGAGAAAAGCGACGAGGAGGUGGAGACGGCCUUUGAUGUGGAGACAGACUCAGACAUGAACAGCCAGGAAUCCCGUUCUGACCUGGAGGAUAUGGAGGACGAGCCAGGGGAGGAGGGAGGCGGCCGAACCAAAAGCAUGAAAAAUGGGGCCAAGGAGGCCUUAAAAAACUGCAUGGAGGGGAGCGGGCUGGUGGACUCUAAAAGCCUAAGUGUCUCCAAGACUGAGAAUUCAGAUGCUGCAGUCAAUGGGCCAGGGUCCAUGGGCACUAAUGAAGCUAGCAUAGCCAGUAACCUCCAGGCCAUGUCCACACAGCUGUUCCAGACCAAACGCUGCUUUCGCUUGGCCCCCACUUUCAGCAACGUCCUCUUGAAACCAACUCAUGAGCCAGCUGCCUUGAAGGAGGUAGUGGACAACAAGCCUUGUGUCAAUGGGGAUGUGGAGAAGCCCGGCUUCCCUGAACAAGAUGACUUGUCCGACUCUGAAGAGAGCAUCACCAGUAACAAAUCCUGUAGAAACGAGAGAUCCCUCCAAGAGAAACUAGAGAUCCUAACCAAUGAGGGCCUGCUUCCGACUGUCAAGGUGUUCCUGGACUGGUUGAGAACCAACACUGACCUCAUCAUCAUGUGUGCCCAGAGCUCCCAGAGUCUAUGGAACAGAUUGUCCGUGCUUCUGAACCUUCUGCCUUCUGCUGGAGAACUGCAGGAACCAGGGCUGGCUCUUGGUAACGAGGUCAAGGAUUUACUGAUUGGCUGUGAGCUUCCAGACUUGAGCACCAGUUUGCUGCUUCCAGAAGAUGUGGCGCUCCGUAACCUGCCCCCUCUGAAAAAUGCACACAAGAGGUUUAACUUUGAGCAGGACAGACCCAUACUCUCAGCGGUGGAGGAGUCCGUGAUUCGUAUUUGCUGCAUCCGCAGCUUUGGCCACUUCAUCACCCACUUGCAAGGCAGCAUCCUGCAGUUUAAUUCGGAGGUCGGGAUCUUCAUUAGCAUCGCUCAGUCUGAGCAGGAUAACCUGUUGCAUCAGGCCCAGGCCCAGUUCCGCAUGGCUGCGGAGGAAGCUCGUCGGAACAGGUUAAUGAGAGACAUGGCUCAGCUCCGACUGCAGCUGGAGGUUUCUCAGCUGGAGGGGAGUCUCCAACAGCCCAAAGCUCAGUCUGCCAUGUCUCCUUAUCUUGUCCCAGACACCCAAGCUCUCUGCCAGCACCUCAGCAUCAUCCGGCAGUUAGCUACCAGCGGCAGGUUCAUCAUCAUCAUCCCUCGAACAGUGAUUGAUGGGUUAGACUUCCUGAAAAAGGAGAACGCAGGCGCUCGUGACAGCAUCCGGUAUUUAGAGGCAGAAUUUAAAAAGGGAAACAGGUACAUUCGUUGCCAGAAAGAUGUUGGGAAAAACUUUGAGAGGCAUAAACUGAAGAGACAGGAUUUAGAUGCCUGGAACCUCUAUAAAAUAUUGGACAGCUGCAAACAGCUGACUGUGUCCCAAGGGAACGGAGAGGAUGACACCACAGGGAUGGUUACCAUCAUAACUGGCUUUCAGCCGGAUGAUCCAAGCAAAUUCUCUGCACCCAUGCAGUCUGCUAUCCAGGCAGCAGCCAGUGCCAGUGUAGAAAUAAAAAAUGUUCUGGAGUUCUACAAGCAGUGGAAGGAGAUGGGCUGAUGGUCAGAAGGGCAUCGGGUUGGUGUACCUUUCUCUCCCCCUCUCAGAACGCGCAGUGUCUGAACGAAGGAAACAAAACACAGGCGAGACUUGACACGAAGAAGCAGCAGCAGCAGCAGCAACAACCAUGACAAAAACAAAUCCAGUUCCGGCACGCACACAAAACACCCACAACCCACACCCUGAACAGACGACUGUACAUCUCCGACAGCGCCAACUGCUCUGAGAAGAGAGACACCUCAGCGGGGCCAAGAAGAGAUCUCCCCUUCUCCUGGUCGGCAGGGAUGGGCGAGAGACGGGCAGUCGUUCAUCCCCCCCCAAAGCCUGCUCGGUCGUCCCCAAUCGCCAGGCAGCUCCUAGUAUGUACUUUAUUUAAACAAGCCAAAACCAUAGCCGUGGAAAUGGAACAACAAAAGGGGCUAGCCUCCGGGGCUGGGGACAAAGAUCCAAAGAGUGCUCUUUGUUGGGAAUCUGGUGAUAGGAACACGAACACCUUUUUAAUUAAUUUUUCCAUCUUCUUUCUUUUAAUUCUUAGCAUAUAUAUAUUAAAAAAAAAAAGUGGAGUUCCUUUGGGGUUCUGGAUCCUCUUCAAAUGUUAAAGAAUUAAAGAGAAAAAGGAAAUGAUGAUGCUAUUUUUAAACAGAAAAGCAAAAAAAAAAGUUUUAGGAACAAAUUUAUUUAUUCCUCUCCGCCCCUUUCCAUACUGGGGGGAGUGCAAAGUGAUUAUUGCCUGUAGAGAGAAGCACCAGCUGGAAACCUUCCCUAUCCCGCUAGGAGUUUGGUGUGCAUUCCUUGCUUUUGUACUUGUUGCGUGUUUUGUGAGCCAUGAUAGGUUUAGCUUGGGCUGUUUGAGAGAACCGGAGGAAAGGGUUCGUUCCUCCUCCUAAACGACCCCCGCUCCCAGCGUUAGGUCUUUGUGUGGGGGGCGGUAAAGGUGAAUGCAAUCCAGACUAGGUGCUGGUAGUCAGAAUGGAGCUGCAUUGGAUGCUUGGACAGUGGCAAGGGUUGUUGAUUUGGCUUGAGCCUGCCAAGACUCAAGAGACAAAUUGGACCUGAAAACAUCUCCAAAGGGUCCCUAAGUCCUCUUCCUUAUUUUGCAGUGGGGUGUUAGGGGAGGAGGGGGUGCAGAGGAUUUUCAUAAGCUUAUCAACUGUCUCUUCAGUUGCUCUCGGACUCAGCUGCUUCUGUUUAAAACGAGAGGUUUGCAGAGCUUAUGUAGUCCCUAGGAGCAGAGGCGGGGAAAUGCAGUGGCCAUUGCAAGUCAGUGUCAUCCGGAACUGGCCCAUGGACUGUUCUAUGCCUUUCAGUCAGUACAGCAGCAUCCGUAAAGGAAGGGAAGACAGUAGCUGUGCAGAUGCCGGAAUUAGCUCCCUUUGUUUCCUGCAAGGCAAAUUUACAAAACUCUCUCCUGCACCAUCUCUACGCAUCCUCCAUCUGACUUCUGGUAACACUGCUACCUGUAAAUGAAAAGCACAUUGCUAUAACGAUCACUAAGCACCGGGGAUAAGUUCCAUCUCUGUUGAUCUGUGUCAUUGUACUUCAAGACCAGAUGUCCCCGUCGACUUGAACCAGCAGCAACUAUGCAAGUAAUGAGUUUAACUCACUGGUCUCUGUCAGGCUGUUUUACUUUGGCCUGACAAGAAGCUGCUAUAACUGGUUAUUAAUGGUGUCCUAUGAAUGGACCAUUUAAAAAAAUAACCAUUUGCAAUACCUGCCGAUUUCCCAGCAUAACAAAUCAUACCAGAAUUGCAGAACGUCCCAUUUGGGGUUCCGACCAGUAUGAAUCCUCCAGGAUUUCAUCCACCUUGCAGCUUAGAUCAUUUUGCAGCCAGCAGCCUGGUUGCUCAGAUGAAAGGCCUUGGAAAGCCAGUGUGCUUUAAAGGUGAUUUUAUUCCUUUGGAAAGCAGAGGAGGGCGUAGGGGGUCAGCGUUCUCUUUACGGCUUCACCUGAAACUUGUGCUGCUUCACUAGGCCGUGCCAAGAAGACAGCUUAAGCAAAAACGCUGAAUGGGGGCUUUCACCUGAUCCUGCUGGCUUCCUGUGUUUACAAACAGAUGUCAGCUGUGGCAUAUCCCCAGGUGGAGUUCAGUGCAUGGCAUUUGUCCUUUCCCACACGUACUCCGCUGUUUUCUUUUAUUAGGUCUGUUUCUGUUUAGCUCGUGCUUUUAUUUAAUGGAGAUGCAAAAAGUAAAAAAGUCUUACCCUGUGUAUGAUGUCUCCAUCAGAACCCCGAGUUGUACGAGCCAGAGCAGUGUAGCGUUGAAAGUGAACCGAUUCACCCUCUGCGUUUCUAUCCCUUUUUUUGACAUGAUGCUGACCAGUGCACUGAAUUACGCUCCCCGCUGACCCACAAGGCUAGGUCAUCUUGAAUUCUGUCUAGUGGAUCAGACUUCUCUCGGACUUGGGUGUUCUGCCCAGCUCCUCUUGGUAGGACGCAAACUGGAAUCCACAGCAAUGAGUGAGUUGUAGCGGAAGCAAGAUCUGCACUAAAUGAAGCUUUGUCACAGCUGAUUACAUCUCUAGUUCUAGGAAAUAUUUUUUUUUCUCCCUUUCGGGGAUGUAGUCUGAGACAUGCUGUUCUGGUUUUGUAAAGAAAUGGGAAUCGUUCUACUGCAAUUAAUGUCCAAAGCCUAGGAUGGGAGCUGUUCAGAUGUAGCGUAUUCCAGUGGCCACAGAUGAGACUGAGGGGGGAAAA